AUGCUGGAUCUGGAGGUCGUUCCUGAGCGAUCUUUGGGAAAUGAACAAUGGGAAUUCGCAUUAGGGAUGCCAUUGGCCCAGGCCAUUUCAAUAUUACAGAAACACUGCCGAAUCAUCAAAAAUGUCCAGGUGCUCUACAGCGAACAAAUGCCACUCAGCCACGACCUCAUUCUCAACUUGACUCAGGAUGGAAUUAAACUGCUGUUUGAUGCCUGCAAUCAGAGACUGAAAGUAAUUGAAGUGUACGAUUUGACCAAAGUCAAACUAAAAUACUGUGGAGUGCAUUUUAACUCUCAGGCAAUAGCACCUACUAUCGAGCAGAUUGAUCAGUCUUUUGGCGCUACUCAUCCAGGAGUCUACAAUGCUGCCGAGCAGCUCUUCCAUCUGAACUUCAGAGGGCUUUCUUUCUCCUUCCAGCUGGACUCCUGGAGUGAAGCCCCUAAAUAUGAGCCUAACUUUGCCCAUGGCUUGGCCUCCCUGCAGAUUCCUCAUGGGGCCACUGUCAAACGGAUGUACAUCUACUCCGGAAACAACCUUCAAGAAACCAAGGCUCCAGCCAUGCCUCUGGCCUGUUUUCUUGGUAAUGUGUAUGCAGAGUGUGUGGAGGUGCUGAGAGAUGGAGCAGGACCGCUGGGUCUCAAACUUCGUCUCCUCACUGCAGGAUGCGGCCCAGGAGUGCUGGCUGAUACUAAAGUGCGAGCCGUAGAGAGAAGCAUCUACUUUGGAGAUUCCUGUCAGGAUGUUUUGAGUGCUCUUGGCUCCCCACAUAAGGUCUUCUACAAAUCAGAGGACAAAAUGAAGAUCCAUUCACCUUCCCCUCACAAGCAAGUCCCGUCCAAAUGUAACGACUACUUCUUUAACUAUUAUAUACUGGGAGUGGAUAUACUGUUUGACUCAACAACCCACCUGGUCAAAAAAUUUGUCCUUCACACCAACUUCCCUGGCCAUUACAACUUCAACAUAUAUCAUCGCUGUGAUUUCAAGAUUCCUCUCAUCAUUAAAAAAGAUGGAGCGGAUGCUCACAGCGAGGACUGCAUUUUGACCACCUACAGCAAAUGGGAUCAGAUUCAGGAGCUGCUGGGACACCCUAUGGAAAAACCAGUUGUGCUACACAGGUCAUCUUCUGCAAACAACACCAACCCUUUUGGUUCCACGUUUUGUUUUGGACUGCAGAGAAUGAUAUUUGAGGUCAUGCAGAACAACCACAUAGCUUCAGUGACUCUCUACGGAGCACCACGUCCAAGUAGUCUGGCCCGUGUCGAGCAGAGUACCCACUGAGGAAGCCGCCAUGCCCACGGUGCCCGUCC